UGAAACAAGCAACAUGUAUGGAAAUAUAUUGUUUAAAGUUAAAUCUUUCAUGGAAAAGUCAUUAAUAGUGUUAAUUAUUAUUGGGAAUAUGUGCAUGGAUCCUCAUUUCCAAGGGAAAACUCUAGUUCAAGCUGCUAAUGCAGCCGAUGAAUGCCAGGUGACUCCUGUCAUUCAUGUGUUGCAAUACCCUGGAUGUGUACCAAAACCAAUACCCAGCUUUGCAUGCAUAGGACGAUGUGCAUCAUAUUUACAGGUGUCAGGCAGUAAAAUUUGGCAAAUGGAGAGAUCCUGUAUGUGCUGUCAAGAGUCUGGUGAGAGGGAAGCCUCCGUUUCCUUGUUCUGUCCAAAAGCCAAACCUGGAGAAAAGAAAUUUAGAAAGGUGACUACAAAAGCUCCUUUGGAAUGCAUGUGCAGACCAUGCACAGGAGUUGAGGAAAGCGCAAUUAUUCCGCAAGAAAUUGCAGGAUACGCUGACGAAGGACCUCUAUCUAAUCAUUUUCUAAAAUCUCACGCCCAUUGAAUGGAACGGACACUAUUUAGAAUAAGAACAUGAUUUUGUUUCCUAAUUGACCAUUUUUUAUGCCUUCAAGAUUAAAUUAAAUAUUAAAUGA